AUGCUCAGACGUGCAGCCUUACCUCUAUUAAGGCCGCGACAUUGCGGACCUUUGUUCGGAGAAGCAUUUGCGCAGACACAACUACGAUAUUACAGACGAGACCAAGGUCUCCGGAGUGCAGACUACAAGAUCCCCAGCACAUCCAACAACUCACAAGGUGAAUCAUCUACGCAAUCGACAGACUCCCGAGAGCCGCUCCGAAAAGUACCUUUUACUCAAGCCAACCCAGCUCCAAAAGAUGAGCAGUCCUCACAAUCUACGCCUUUCGGCGCCGAUCCAAGCCGAGACAUCAACCACGUCUCGGAAUCAGUCUCCCAGGCGAGUCGGCGGACGGUGAGAGAACAUGAAACUUCGCAAGCAGCAGCGGAAGACCAGAAUGCACCACCGGCGUCGGCGGAUCAGCCACAACAGCCUCUGCCGGAUCUGACGAGAGGAAUUCCAUCCACCUUAGACGCUGAGCUCAGCCAGGCCAGAUCAAAGCAAUCGGCCCAUGCAAGCCCUGCGAGCCUCAAUAUCACCGAAGAUCCGGCGGAAGAAGUGCCAAGUGGUGGGCGAGGACGAGGUGGUGAUGAUACUCCCCGGACGGAGUACGUAUCAUCAAGCGACCGGAAAAAGAAUAUGGUAUUCCGAUACAUGUACAUAAUAAUGGGAGUGGGAAUUGCGGGCUACACCGCGUAUCUCGGCCGCAAUUGGGAGUCUGAAGAAGAGGAGAAAGCACACCAGGAUGCACCAUCUGGCUGGGGGUUCAAAGCCUUCUACAACCGGGUGGCUGCUCGAUUAGGUUCAACCAUGAGCUACUAUCGCGACCCUGUGACAACCAAGCUGUUGCCAGAUGAAGAUCCAGACCCGAAUCUACGGUACCCCUUCACCUUGGUGAUCAGUCUGGAGGAUAUGCUCAUCCAUUCCGAAUGGACGCGAGAAAAGGGUUGGCGGAUAGCCAAACGACCUGGCGUCGACUAUUUCCUAAGAUAUCUCGGGAGCUACUAUGAGAUUGUCUUGUUCACCAGCCAACCCAUGGCCAUGGCUGAACAGGUGCUGCGGAAACUCGAUCCUUAUCAGACGAUCAGAUGGCCGUUGUUCCGCGAAGCCACGCUCUACAAGGACGGCGGCUAUAUCAAGGACCUUUCCUACCUUAACCGAGAUCUGAAGAAGGUGCUGAUCAUCGACACGGAUCCGCAUCACGUCAAACAUCAACCCGAAAAUGCCAUUAUCCUGCCUAAGUGGACGGGCGACCCCAAGGAUCAGACGCUCGUCCAGCUCAUCCCGUUCUUGGAAUACCUGGCGACAAUGGGAUUUGACGACGUGCGAGAGGUGCUGAAGUCGUUCGAGGGCACCUAUAUCCCGGCCGAGUUCGCUCGACGAGAGAAGAUUCUACGUCAAAAGUUCGAGGCAGAGGCAGCAGAGAAGCGGAAACACAAGAAGAAGAGCAUCGGAGGUCUAGCACAAUGGCUGGGCUUGUCGAAACCCCACCCAGACGCACUCAGCGCCGACGAGGCUGGAGAGGGCAAGAUGCUAUGGGAUCAGAUACGCGAGCGAGGACAAAGACAAUACAUGGAGUUCGAGAAGAAGAUCAAGGAGGAGGGAGAAAAAUGGCUGGCUGAACGAGAAGCCGAGGAGAAGAGAUUGCAGGAGGAGGCCAUGAAGAGCAUGAAGAUUGGAUUCUUCUCCGGCUGGUUCGGCGGCAGUGGCAGCGGCAAUAAGGAGGAAGAGAAGAAAUGA